CUCCAUGCAACCACCCCGCUCACCCCGUCACGUCCCGUGGAGCUGAUAUAUAUACACACACUUGGCAAAUCAGAGGAACUCUCCCCGCAGAACUACUCCCAACAGAAAAAAGAGAAGAUCCCCAGGACCUGGAAAAGGUCAGAGCGGAUCGCCCUAGAUAAUAUCCCGAUUAACCCACCGGCGGCGGCGAACCGGCGAUCCAAACACCGGGCAUACGGGAUGCUGCCGUACGCGACGGCGGGGGAGGCGGAGGCGGCGCUGGGCCGGGCCCUGACGUGGGCCGAGGCGGCGUGGCUGCGCUACUCGGCCGCCGUGCCGGACCGCUACCUCCACUGGCCCAACAUCGCCAUCACAUUGGUCGUCUACACGCUCGCGCCGCUGCCGCUCGCCAUCCUCGACCUGGCGGCGCCGCGGGCCGCCGCGCCCUACAAGCUGCAGCCCAAGGUGCAGCACCCGCCGUCGGCGUUCCUCCGGUGCUACCUUGACGCCGUCAAGGUCUCCCUGCUCAUCAUCGGGCCGUAUCAGCUCAUCUCCUACCCUGCCGCCAAGAUAAUGGACAUUCGAACGGGACUGCCGCUCCCGUCGAUGGGGGAGAUACUGGCCCAAUUGACAGUGUAUUUUCUGGUGGAGGAUUACUUGAACUACUGGCUCCACCGGCUGUUGCACACCAAAUGGUGCUACGAGAAGAUACACCAUGUUCACCAUGAGUUCACGGCGCCCAUGGCCUAUGCUGCUUGGUAUGGACACUGGGCUGAGAUGCUCAUACUUGCCGUCCCCUCCCUAGCAGGACCGGCCAUGGUGCCAUGCCAUGUCACUACGCUCUGGAUCUGGUUUGUAGCCCGUUUGGUAGAGAGCCUCAACAUACACAGCGGGUUUAAGCUGCCAUUCAACCUUGAGAAUUAUAUACCAUUCUAUGGAGGAGCAGAACAUCACGACUACCAUCACUACAUUGGAGGACAGAGCCACAGCAACUUUGCUCCCGUUUUCACCCACUGUGACUACAUUUACGGGACCGACAAAGGCUACAGAUAUCAUAAGGCGACUCUAGCAAAGCUGAAGGAGUUGGCAGGCAACAACGUCCAGAAAGAAGAUUUAAGCAGUGGAAAGAAGGAUUAGGGACUCGAUCUUGCUCAUUUGCUGCCAAGAUAUAAUAUCCCUAAAUUCAUGUAAGCUCCUGAUAUCCCCAUGAUGGAGUAAACUAGCAUAAAUAAUUUGUUUGAUGCCAGUCAUCAAGGUUGAGUGACUCGUGAACAGCCAUCAGCAGAGUUCCAAGUGUUAAUAACUUCCUGUGCUCCACUGCUUUUCGGAUGUAACUAAUGGUGUACUCAAUCAUAAGCCAUAGCAUGUGCUCAAAAGUGUCUGUAUACAAGGGAACACUUACAGGUGCAAAAAUAUUUAAGAUGUAGUCGAGAGCAUUUCCCUCUGUAUUUUUAGUAUGAGAUGCCGCGAACAUAAUUGGAGAAUCAA